UCUCCGCCCGCAGCUCCCUCUCCAUUCGGGUGCGAGCAGCCAUGGCUGAGUUUGCUGUCGCCCGUCUCAGGCGCAGCUUUCGAAGAGCAGCAUAAACCCGUACGCAGUCAUGAGCCAGCUGUGGGAGGGUGUCCAGGCGGCGCUGGCCGAAGAGGAAAGAGACCCGGCUGCAGGAAUCAGCAACCUCCGGCUGGAGAACACGGUGGGUCUCACGCCCAUCAGCCCCGCCGUGCAGCUCAGCCUGGGGGUGGGCGGCCGCGCCGUGUCCAUCGACCUGGUGCCCACCAUCCGGGGCAAGGUGGACAUGUCCCUGGAGUGGCCGCGGCAGGAGCUGAGCUGGCUCUCGGCCUGGGGGGACCGGGAGCGCGGCACCGUGCGGGGAAAGCCCCCCUGGAAUGUCGAGGAGAUUUACGGAGCUGGGACCGAUCUGGUGGCCAAGAAUUCCUACUGGAGGCUCACCUUCUCCCUGGUGGAGACCCGGCUGCUCGCAGACAUUGACGCGGAUGGCGGGCGCCGGCGGGCGCUGCGGGUGCUGAAGCAAGUCAACACGGAGCAGUGGGCGCCGCGCUACGGCAAAGUCCUGACCUCCUACCACCUGAAGAUGGUUCUUUUUUGGGCUUCCUACCUCUACCCGGAGCCCCAGGCCUGGGCCACGGGUCUGGAUGCUUUGGGGACCCUGCUGAAGGUGCUGGAGUUCAGCCUGGAGACGCGGCAGCUGCCCAGCUACUUCCUGCCAUCCCUGAACUUCUUUGCCUGGCACCGCACGAAGAAGGAGAACGCCCUGCGGGACGUGGUGCUGGAGGCGCUGUGGCGGGAGGUGCGGCUGAUGCGGUGCAGCCCGGAGCAGUACCUCUGGCUGAGCUACGGCCUGGCCCAGCCCCGGGGCCCGGAACCCUUCCUCCAGCGGGCGCGGGAGCUCGAGGCCUUCCGGGUGGAGCAUCGGCAGCACUUUGAAGAGCUCAAACACCUGAAACUUUCUUUUGACACGAGCCUCUUCAGCGAGCUGGAUAUAAGGUAGCUGCUCGGGCGUCCGUCUGCCCUGACGUACCGGCUCUUGCUCCGAGUUCCCCGGGGUCCCAGUUCAGCCCCUCGCCUCGCCUGUGUUAAGGCAGCAGAGCCUGACAGCUGUUUGUGCAUUUCUCCCUGCUUGCUGCGAGCUGGGACAAAGCCGUUUGUGUGAGCUCGCUUAGCAAAGCAACGAUCCUUCCCCGGCCCUACAAACUCUCCCCCGGCAGGUGGCAGUCAGCUAUUCCACAAGGCUCUGGGAUGCCCGGCCCUGUCAUUAGGACAUCAAAGGGCACCCCCUGGUUCUGCUUUGAACCUCUCCUGAGGCUCUGUUGGCUCAUCCUUCCAUAUGCUUUAGAAACUUU